AACAACUUGACAACCUAUCUGUCACCAUGCCACCAAGUUGUUGCAGUAGAUGAAACUUAGUUGAAGACAAUUAAAGAAGAUAAUUGAUGGCGUCAGCUCUUGUCCAAAUGACUGCGUUCAGUCCCUGUUCUCAGCUGGGUGACAUGAUCAUGAUGGGAAUGGAGGCUAGUUUAGAGUCCUUCCCUGGUUCCAGAGAGGAUGGUAACAAACGGUCACACUCUGAUGGGGAUGAAGAUCAAGACAGAAACUACGUAAAAAAGAGAAGAAAGCAGUCAAAACCCAUCAGGAUUACAGCAAAUGACAUAGCCUCUGACAACAAGCCAGAUUUUCACCCUACUGAGCAGAGAAUUAGUGUUCUUGACUUUUCCGUCACUGGAGAACAUUUUCUAAGCGAAGGAUUACCUCAGGUCAACAGUGAAGCUAGUCCUUCAACCGAUGACUAUGAAGAUCUCAGUCAAAUCAACCAAGAACCAAAGGAAACUUAUGAUGACAAUCAGGAGAAGAAUACAUCAUCUGAUAAGAAUUAUGAACCCAUACUUCCUCUUAAUUUGUCAAGCAUCAAGUCCACGACCUCGGAUACUCUGAUUGUCCCUUCUGUUAGUGACAGUCAAAAUGUGGCCAACAAAGAUCAGACUCAACAGUUCCAGUCCUUGACACAAGAGGUUAAAAACUCAGUUACACAAGAGGGGAACUCUUAUUUAUCUCAAUCACCUUCACUUCUUUUACCUCUGAUAAGGCAAAAUCAAAUUCCUGGUCAAAUUCCACAAGGAUCUUCCCAAAUAAGAAUUUUCAACCCGGAAGCUUUUUGUGACUUAUGUAAUAAAGAGUUUUGUAACAAAUACUUUCUUAAAACUCACAAGGCAAACAAGCAUGGUAUAUACACAGAAAACACCUCCGGACCAACGCCUAUUGAUCCUUUACUUCUGUUACCUUUUACAAACUAUUUUUCAAUAAAUAAUGAGUCUUUUGAAAACCCAUCUAAUUUUCAAGCAGCUAAAAACCUACUCAGCCAAAACAGUUAUUCAACAAAUCGUACAGUUGUAAAAAAGACUCAGGGUACUCAACCUCAACAAUCAAGUUUGUUUUCCCUUAAGUCUAAUUCAAGUGGGAAUAUGAGAGCCCUUUGCAACAUCUGCCAGAGAGAAUUUUGUAAUAAAUAUUUUGUGCGAAGACACAAACUGAAAAUACAUGGUAUAGUUGAACCCGCUUCAAAAGAUAGUACACUGGACAUGCAAGAUUACAACCUCGGCAACAAUAAUUCUUCUCAAGACAAACCCGAUAUUUCUACAACAGAAAUGGAGGUAUAUAAUAGUAGUUAUAGUAAACAGUUUCAGAUUCCAAAUUUUAAGAUAGAAAAGCAGGAAUUACCCCCUAAAGUUGAGAUAAAUUUAGAAAAACCCAAAGAAAAACAAGAAAAAGAAGCCGAAAGUGAAAUCCAAAUUCCAAUUCCAAUAUCGUCUGAUUCUAUUUCAUUUUUCCAAGUUCCUCAAAACGAAGAAAAUAAUAAAGAAAAUUCCCUUUCUUCCAUUCGAAUGAAAAAACUCGGUGUGGUAAAUGCAGAUGCGUUUUGUGACAUUUGUUGCAAAGAGUAUUGUAACAAAUACUUCCUUAGAACUCACAAGCUUAAGAGUCAUGGUAUUCCACCUGUCGAAGAAAAAAAAGAGGACAUGGUAAAUGGCACAACAGCAAACAACUUCUGGUAUCAAAAUCAAGCAGCCCCUCUAAAUUUGAUUGUAAACGAGUCUUCAUCCAACAAAGAUGUAACAAACAAAGGCAGUUAUGAUGUGGAUGGUGAAGAAUGUGUGUGUGGAGUCUGUGGUCGAUACUUUCAGAGUCAAUUUUUACUAAAAAUGCAUCAGGCGUACACUCAUUCAAAUAGUUUUCCUCCAAAUGAAGCUGUCUCUGCAGCAGUCAAACAUAAUAUUUCACCGUUUGAUAAGGAUACCACUGAAAGUGAAAGAUUCCAAAAACAAUAUCCAGAACAUAAUUCAAUGGUUAUAAAAUCAGAAUACACAAAGGAAACAGACGAUAACGACCACAAACAGGCUGUAAAUCCUGAAAACUUGCAAAAGCUUCAAACAUUGAUAUCUCGUUUGAACAAUCAUAACACCAAUGAAAGUUCCUUGUGUGAUGUUUGUGAAAGAGAUGUUGGACACGUUUCCUUAUUAGAAAGCCACAUUCUGAAAGAACAUGCCUCGCUGUUAGAAGAAAUGGGUAACUUUACCGAGGAAGAAAAUUCAAGUUCUCAGGGAUCUUUGAUUGGAUCUAUUUACAAUUUAAAAAAAGAGUGCCCUCAUUGUCAAAAGACUUUUUUUAAGAGCUCCUUAUUAGAGCAACACAUUCAUGAAGUUCACUCUGAAGUAGAACAUCUUCCUGAUUCUCAAACGAUCAAGGGACCAAUGGAGUUCAACGAAAACAGCUGUACCAAAUUAGUACCCUUCAUACCCCAACAGUCAGAGGAGAGACCUGGUAUCCAAACACCUACUAGUAGCUUCUGUGAAAUUUGCAAAAAAGAGCUUUGUAACAAGUACUUCAUGAAGACACAUAUGCAACGGAUGCAUGGUAUAUCCAUAGAAAAUGGCUCUCAGAUUGGUGGUGUGGUCUGUGACAUUUGUAACAAGGAGUUAUGCAGUAAAUAUUUUUUGCGUGUCCACAAACAAAACUCACAUGGUAUUUUUGAUGAACUGUUUCUUCCUCAAUUAGGUAUGGAUUUUAAUUCAAAUUCACCUCCAAAUUCAGAUCCAGCCCUAAAACCUAUGGAUCAAGCUGAUCUAACACACCGUUACUUCUCACAUUUUACAGAAGUUUGCACUAUUUGUAGUCGUAGAUUUAGAAGUGUAAAAUGGUUAAAAGCGCAUCUUUGGAAUGAUCAUGGUGAGGAAGGGAAGGAAAAAUGGAAAGAAGUAUUUCUUUCCUCUAGUUCAGAAUCAAAGGGAAAUCAAUUUGAGGGUGCAGGGAAAGCUGGAGAGUUUCCUGCAAUGUUUACAAGUACACAAAACCAGUCAAGCAACAUGUUCACAAGUGGGGAAGUUAACCAAAAUGGAAAAGAUACCCCAGAUAAACAAGGCUUAGUUGACAAAAACAUGUUUAACAAUACCAUGUUUUCCAUGAUCAUGAAUGGGAAGGAUUCUGAAUCAAAACAAUACCAGUGUUCAUAUUGUUCAUUCACCACUACAAUUCUUGCAUUUUUAUUUAUCCAUGAAAGGACACACAUGAACAACCAAACUUUUCAAUCAGUUGGAGAUCAGCAAUUUCAGUGUCCAAUUUGUUUUCAAAACUCAAAUUCCAAAGAGAACUUUGAAAAGCAUAUGAAGUUACAUAAAAUGCCUUGGCAACAACCUUUUCAAUCAAGUACUUCUUCCCAAGAACUCCAGAAGGCACAAAGCGAACAAUCUGAAACCAAGAGUGAUUUCACAACUCUUCAAGACAGAAUCACACGACAAGAUCAAGAGAUGAGUGGUACUUCUAGCGCUUCAAAUGUCUUACCUCCGAACAACUCAAAAUCAAUAUCCCUGCCCAGCAAUCAAGCAGAUGAACAAAUGGCUGAUUCUUCACUGCAUUGUACACGGUGUGGAUUCAAGACAGGGAGUGUGCAGACCUACUUGGACCACUUGACUAAAGAUCACCCGUUUCAGCAAAUGGAUCAAGAUCUUCCAUCUCAUCUCCAACUAGUAGAAAAGGUACUAUCUAACCUCGCAGCUAACGCAGGGAUCCCCGCCGUUGUAGCACUUCCUCAAGUUCAAGAACAGGUCACCAUGCAGCCCUUCGUGCUUGAAGAUUCAGAGUAUGCUAGUGAUUUGAACAGUUCGAUUGAUCCUAAAUCAGGUAAAACGUUCCUAUCUUCUCUUGUAUUUCUGCCUGUUAAAGAAAAAUUGAAAAAGUCUGUGACAGCAUCAUUCAAACUCACGCCCACGUGAAUGUAAGAUAAUUUAAACACAACUAGGAAAUAGAUUAGUCUAUUUUUGGUUUAUUUUCUUAGAGUGAGUGUUAUGGAGUGAUAUCGAAGAAUUGUGUGAUUCAGUGAAAAAAAGGAUAAGAGUAAAGACCAUAGCAAUAAUACUUUCUCCAGUUUCGAUCGCGGGAAAAUAUUAAUUGUGAAAUAUUGUAAGAUGAAGCUACAUCUGUGAUGAAAUAUGGAAGAAGAGGAACUUUUCGGAGAAUAAGAAAGUAUGGUUGAGAGUGUGGCUGUUAAUAGCUUCAAGCGAGACUACACUGGCAAAGUGAACGCUAGACAAUAUAUUAUAUACUAUAUUGUAGCCCAAAAUAAAGUAUUUAUAAACGUUAGUAAUUUUUAAAAAGCUUCAAAAUAUCUAUAUUUUGUUUUGGCUUAUGUCGCGCGGUAUAUUUAUUUUCCCUACUAGUACACUUUGUCAGUGUUUUCUCAACUCCUAAAUUUGAAUGAUGCCUUGUAAUGUCAAGUGUAAGUAAAUUAUACGGCACAAUAGUUACAUGUAUACAAGACUGAGUCAUUAUUUUGUGAUUCUUUGAGUGCCGAGGUCAAAUUCUUCGUUACAUUUAGAAUCAUCAGUGAUAUUUACAAAAGUUCCUAUUGAGCCUUGAUACUCUGAGAGCCAUUUGUGUUGUGCCACACAAGUCCGUUGUGCUCAAUGUGCAUAGUUUCCAUGAUGAAGAAGACUUCCUAGCUGUCCUUAGCGUCUCAGGGUCAUGCAUACAGUACAAUAGCUCACCAAUUACAGACAAUAUCAAACACGAGUUUAUCGUUUUCAUUUUGUGUUUAUAAAAAGGAAGUAGUCUAAAAUCACUGGAGCGUGAUUAUCAACUUUCGUUCCCAUAUUCGCUUUCCGCUGCGUUCUAUUUUAGGGAAAAUGUUUGUACAAAAUGAAAUUUAUUGCCCCUUUUUGCAUACUUAUUUUGGCUGUAGUUUAAUUUUCAACAGUCUACCUUGAGAAAUGUUACGAGAGUAGUAUAUAGUAUGAAUGUGCAGCCCGGACAAACCUAUUGUAAAGGCGCUUGCUCCCAAUUUGUUGUUGUUAGUAAACCUGGUAAUAUGUUUUGUAGAUUUUGUUGGACCAGGAUACUAUAGUUUGUUGUUGCCUUUGUUAUGUUGAGAGGCAUGUUGGUGUUUGGGUCAGCAAGUACCUUCUAGUCCGCUCUCUAAGCUAACAAGCUAACGGCUCCAGUCUCAUUUGUCAGAUUAUUUUUUAUUACAUAAUUUGAAUUGUUUACAUCUACAAUUGUUUGUAUUCUUAUUCCGUCAUAUCUUGAUUCGUUGUUUUAUAGGUUUGUCGUGGAUUGUACUUUUGGAGGUUUUCAAUCCUCUCGCAAAAAGAUCAAAGUUACGAAUGUUUCAUUUCCUACAAAAGUGUUUAUUAAUAUUGUAUGGUUACUAUUGUGGAUUAAUUUAUACAUAUAAGUUUAGGUGUAAAUAUAUAAGCUACAGCAGUAAGAUUUAUUGUUAUUUUUAACUGCGCAAAUCAAAAUCCUAUGUUGCCCAAGUUGGAGUUGGAGAUUUAUUUGGAGUUAUCGCGGUU